AUGGCCCGCAUCGCAGGCAAUUGGCAGAAUGUGACGGGCGAGAAGAAUGGGAGCAGUUUAUCAAGAUCCUGCACGCCCGCGCUGCCGUCCGUAAUUGUCGAUCCAGGCAAGGACUCCGUCCGUCACCUGUCCGUCUGCAGUUCUUCCAUCUGUCACCCGUCCGUCUGCAGUCCUUCCUUCCGUCACUCGUCCGUCUGCAGUCCGUCCAUCUGUCACCCGUCCGUCUGCAGUCCGUCCAUCUGUCACCCGUCCGUCUGCAGUCCAUCCUUCCGUCACUCGUCCGUGUGCAGUCCGUCCAUAUGUCACCUGUCCGUCUGCAGUCCGUCCUUCUGUCACCCGUCCGUCUGCAGUCCGUCCAUCUGUCACCCGUCCGUCUGCAGUCCGUCCAUCUGUCACCCGUCCGUCUGCAGUCCAUCCUUCCGUCACUCGUCCGUCUGCAGUCCGUCCAUAUGUCACCUGUCCGUCUGCAGUCCGUCCAUCUGUCACCCGUCCGUCUGCAGUCCAUCCUUCCGUCACUCGUCCGUGUGCAGUCCGUCCAUAUGUCACCUGUCCGUCUGCAGUCCGUCCUUCUGUCACCCGUCCGUCUGCAGUCCGUCCAUCUGUCACCCGUCCGUCUGCAGUCCAUCCUUCCGUCACUCGUCCGUGUGCAGUCCGUCCAUAUGUCACCUGUCCGUCUGCAGUCCGUCCUUCUGUCACUCGUCCGUCUGCAGUCCGUCCAUCUGUCACCCGUCCGUCUGCAGUUCUUCCAUCUGUCACCUGUCCGUCUGCAGUCCGUCCUUCUGUCACUCGUCCGUCUGCAGUCCGUCCAUCUGUCACCCGUCCGUCUGCAGUUCUUCCAUCUGUCACCUGUCCGUCUGCAGUCCGUCCAUCUGUCACCCGUCCGUCUGCAGUCCAUCCUUCCGUCACUCGUCCGUGUGCAGUCCGUCCAUAUGUCACCUGUCCGUCUGCAGUCCGUCCUUCUGUCACCCGUCCGUCUGCAGUCCGUCCAUCUGUCACCCGUCCGUCUGCAGUCCAUCCUUCCGUCACUCGUCCGUGUGCAGUCCGUCCAUAUGUCACCUGUCCGUCUGCAGUCCGUCCUUCUGUCACUCGUCCGUCUGCAGUCCGUCCAUCUGUCACCCGUCCGUCUGCAGUUCUUCCAUCUGUCACCUGUCCGUCUGCAGUCCGUCCUUCUGUCACUCGUCCGUCUGCAGUCCGUCCAUCUGUCACCCGUCCGUCUGCAGUUCUUCCAUCUGUCACCUGUCCGUCUGCAGUCCGUCCAUCUGUCACCUCGGCAAAUCCUCGGGCAGUGAAGUGAAGAGGGUGAGUGACCCCUUGGUGAGCGAUAGUGGACGGCGAGCGGCGGACUUCGUGUGCGUCGAGGACCGAAGCAUCCGGGACUGUGCUGCGUGUGCAAUGGACGAGUGA